AUGAAAUUCCUCAUUGUCCUUCUCCUGGCCGUGGCCCUGAACACAGCCCUCAGUGUGGAGGUGGUGGAAAAAUUGGAGUUUGAUAUCUUCAAAACCGAAACGACACGCAAAUUUGAGGUGAUUACAUUGAAAUUAGAUGAAAUAUUGAAGCAAAAUAGGCUUGGACCUCCCGGACGGACCGCCGAUAUUAGACUUAUCGGUACACCCGGUGUACCAGGUCCUGUAGGACCUCCCGGACUUAUCGGUAUACCCGGUGUACCUGGUCCUGUAGGACCUCCCGGACUUAUCGGUAUACCCGGUGUGCCUGGUCCUGUAGGACAUCCCGGACUUAUCGGUAUACCCGGUGUGCCUGGUCCUGUAGGACCUCCCGGACUUAUCGGUAUACCCGGUGUGCCUGGUCCUGUAGGACCUCCCGGACUUAUCGGUAUACCCGGUGAACCUGGUCCUGUAGGACCUCCCGGACUUAUCGGUAUACCCGGUGUGCCUGGUCCUGUAGGACAUCCCGGACUUAUCGGUAUACCCGGUGUACCUGGUCCUGUAGGACAUCCCGGACUUAUCGGUAUACCCGGUGUACCUGGUCCUGUAGGACCUCCCGGACUUAUCGGUAUACCCGGUGAACCUGGUCCUGUAGGACCUCCCGGACUUAUCGGUAUACCCGGUGUGCCUGGUCCUGUAGGACAUCCCGGACUUAUCGGUACACCCGGUGUACCAGGUCCUGUAGGACCUCCCGGACUUAUCGGUAUACCCGGUGUGCCUGGUCCUGUAGGACCUCCCGGAUGGCCCGGCCCUUAUGGACCUCGCGGAUAUCCCGGGUUGCGAACUGGAGACGAUUUGGAGUAGUGGGCGGUUCAGUUCUGCUCCGCUCCCCACAGUUUGAUGUAGUUCCAGAUUGAUUUAUGUUCUCCUGUGGUCGUCCGCAUCGUCAUGGUCCCAGCUGCGGAGGCGUCACAGCUGUAGGGAAGGAAAUAUAU